ACCGUGGUACCGUGCAGAACUAGAAAUAGCCGUUUGUCAGGCGUUUAAUGACAACGAACGAAAAAGGUCAUGCUAAAAAUUUAGAUAAAAGGGUAAAAAAGGUUAGCAACAGAAGUUCUGUAGAUACAUCAAAGAUAGUAGAACAAUGAACUUGUGUCGGAACUUUUCAUACAGCUUAUCAGCGAGUCUGCCCAACCGCAGUAUAAGCACAACAUGUUGUCUACAGGAGCUCAGAAAGUUGGCUAGAGUUAAAGUUGUGGACAAUAGCAUGCUGGGCAGGAAAGCAGUUUUGGCUGGCAAAAAAGUGAAAAUAAUUCAUGUGUACAACAAACCAGCAAUAGGAUAUAUUGGUGAUAAAGUUUUGGUAACUGUCAUGGGGGAGAAAAAGAAAGCAUACAUUGUAGGUUGUGUGCAGAAGCAGAAACCAAAUGUUCCAAAAUUUGAUACAAACAAUGUUGUGCUUGUUGAAGAAUCGGGAGCUCCAACAGGAACUAGAAUACGUGUUCCCAUACCAUCAUGUCUACGUGGAAAGGAAGGAGACUUCACUAAGAUAUUGUCAAUUGCCACAAAAUUUGUUUGAUAUUAUUUAAUAACAGUGUGUUCUGUUGAUGCAUAAGAAUUUAACAUGAUUGAAGGAACAACUUGUACACUAAAAUUUUACUGUGUGAUAAAUAGGAAACAACCUGUGUCUUAUUCUUAAGAAAGCUGAAUUUGGAGACUAGUCUAAAAGUUCAGACAUCUGGACACUAUAUUGAAAUUGACCAGUGGCAAUGUUGCAACCUCAGACUGAUCUUCAAAAUGUCAGUAUAGUUUUGAAGUUCAGACUCUUUCAUUCAGACUGUGUUAAUGGAAAAAAGCAGUUGGACUUUUGUAGCUUAUUUGUUGUUGAUUGUGAAGAAGUACUGGUGUGCAGAUUAAAGAGUCUUGAAUGUUAAA